CCAUUCAUGCUGACCAGGAACCCCGAGAUGGACCAACGGCACGCACUCGAUACCGACGAGUUUUUGGACACCGCUGCGGCGAAGCCAUGUCGUCUGCCCGAACGCCAUGCGUCAUGGACGGAACUACCAGAGAAGACCUACAAGUUCAUGAAAAGUACCAAGGCAUCGCGGAACUGCAGCAAGCAAGCACCUAAUACGAGUGCCGAUGUAAACAACACCCGCACCAUGACCAGGCGCAGCACCCACUCUGAUGACGAUUCCAAACUUUCAACAGCUCCCCAUAGCGACCGCCUUUCACGAGGAUCCGUUCCAGAUCUGAAAGUCCUCGUAUCUUUCCAGACCAGCUCCGUGGGCACGAAUGAUAUACCCAAGGACGAUGAUAAAACCUCCGCUCGAGUUCAUGAUAAGAUCAUUUCUAAUCCUCAGUCUCAGAAGCAUUCUCCUCGAAAGAAGCGCCGGGCCUCACGUAAACACCGUGUUGAUUCCCCCGUGCAAGGUACCUGCCAAGUAACUCAGAACGAAAACCUCGCGCCAGUGAAACAAGCUGAACAUACACUGCGGCGCCGCUUCAAAGCAAAGCACUACCCAAAGAAGGCGAAGAAAGGUCAUCGUUCAACUCGCAAAGUUUCUCGCUUGUCUCGGAGCCUUGCCCAUUUGAAGUUCCUACCCUCCAAGAGUCCGCUGCGCAAUGAAGUCGUGUUUGAUGAGGACGAAGUGGGAGGGGACAGCGAUGGCACAUCGGACUGUGAUCGGAGUUUGGUCUGGGACCCAGAUCUCACCAACGACGAGGAUAUCACCGACUCAGCAAUGACUCCAACACCGCUAUCACCCACAUCCCACGGUAAAGCUUCAAGUUUUGAGUCUCACAACCGGACACCCAAACUCACCGCACCCACCCCACGGGGAAUUCUUCUAUCUCGCUCCCACGACAUUAAUCCCAUAUCGACCCGUCGUCCCGAAUUCGCCUUCCCCAGAUCUCCUGCCACGCCGCAUAUCCCUACUCAGCCGAUUCACUCCCACAACAUUAACACCGUAUCGAACAGUCGUCCCAAAUUCGCCUGCUCCAAUCCUCCUACCACGCAACCUAUCCCUACUCAACCCAUCACUCCACCAAAAUCAACGAAGCCCGAGAAAUCCCAAAAACUCAGUCUCUGGACAAAGACAAAAGCCGUGGUCAAGAAGGUGGUGAAGAAAAAGAGCAUGCUGUCACAGUGGUGA